AUGCCAAAAAUAUCUGCAGGAUGCAACACUUGCCGAAGGCGAAAGAAAGGUUGUGAUAUGCAAAGGCCUUCAUGUGGCCAGUGCAAGAAACUAGGCAUUUCUUGUGGUGGUUACGGGCGGCAGCUCAAAUUUAUCCAUACUUCCAACCAGCCAUGCAAGCAAAGCGAAGUCCACGCAAUCCCAGAUAAAGUAGUGCCAAGCUCAAAGAAUAGACUUCGAAAGAACAUCACUGUUCCCUGCGAUACUACUGAAGUAAUGCUGACAAGUCAUGCAGAAGCGCUAUCAAAGUCGCUUCUUGUUGGGUCAUACCCUGGAUUGUUUUUAAACAUCUUUCUGGGAAAUAUCGGCAGCAGUGCGCAAAAUUUACGCCAAUCAUGCUUUACAGGCUGGAUGGUUACAGGGCCUCACAGUAAUACUGAAAACCCGAUAUUGCGUAAUGCAUUACUUGCCCUGGGUCUCGCGAGGGUUGGCAAAUUAUCGAAUGACUCCAGAAUCGUGUACAAAGGCCAGCAGUUCUACUCUUCGGCCCUAGCUCAAUUAUACCGGCGCCUCAGUAUCAACUCUGAAUGUUUGGAUGACGAAUCACUAGCAGGGAUAAUGUACUUAGCCCUUUAUGAGGCCAUUGAAGGUUCUCCGAUGAGAGGCCUUGGCUGGGCAAGUCAUACUGACGGGGCCACGCGGCUUAUACGAUUACAGCCAAAUUCUUCGGAAUGGACAACUUUCAGGAAACAGCUGUUUCUCGGGCUGCGUCACUUUGCUAUAAUACGCGCUAUCGGCUCUCGGCAGCCAUCUUUUCUGGCAGACCCUGAGUGGACCUGUUUACCUUUGCUACAAGCGAGAAAUCAACCCAGCCACCAGUUACUUCAACUGCUGGCUUCAAUACCAUCCAUUCUACGAGCAAUUGAUCUAAUUCGGGAAGAUAAUUCACCCUAUCUCCCAUAUAGAGUUGAAGAAGUUUCUAGGAAUUGUCGUGACCUAUUGAACAAGCUAGGUCAAUGGAAUAUUUCGCUUUGGGCCGGUAGAGGAGAACCGCUAUAUUGGGAAAGGUCUUCUAUGUUGUCAAUCAGCAUAACGGAGGAAUUUAUCAGAGAUCACCCCAUUUUCUCGUCGUAUAUUCAUUUUUUGGACACGGAGACCGCCCAUCUGCAGAUGCUCUACUGGACAGCCCAAUUGCUGAUUUGCAAUAACCUUUGGUUGGCAUACCAGUUCCUUUCAGGCCAGGAGGAUAAACGUUGGCAUGAAGUAAAUGCACCUAUACCCAACUUACACUUUGACGAUAGCAGCAGGACCACAUGUUCGAUGGCUGAAUUACCCAUUUCUGCGCCUGAGCUAUAUGUGGUCGCUACCAACAUUGCCCGGUCCCUUGAAUAUUUUCUGACUCCAGAAUUGAUUACCAUCGGAGUGACCAUGUUUGCUUUCCCAGCUACUGUUUCUUUGGGGUAUUUUCAGUAUUUUGAGCUCCCGGAAUCAAGGUGGUUUCAUUAUGUGUUUGAGCAUAUUCUGACUUCUUCGGGUAUUGAUGUAGGCGGAUUCCUUGAGGCUGUUGCAAAUGAGAAUUCACUCCGUCUGGUUAAAAUCUAA